AUGGCUAACUAUUAUGUCCUUCCAAUUAGCAUACUAUGCUUCCUGGUCCUUACAACCGGAGGCUCUGCUUAUAGACAAGCUGGCCAACAACAGCAAGCGCAGUGUCGCAUCCAAAGCCUCAACCCUCUUGAGUCUGCCAGGCGCAUCCAGCAUGAAGCUGGUUACACCGACGUUUGGGACCAGACCUCUGACCAGAUUCAGUGUGCCGGUGUGGCCGCCUCCCGCCACCUCAUCCAGCAAGGAGGCCUCCUCUUGCCUUCUUUCAACAAUGCCCCUUUGCUAGCCUAUGUUGUACGAGGUAGGGGAAUUGUUGGCAUCAUAAAUCCAGGCUGCGCAGAGACCUUUCAAUCAAGUGAACAGACUGAAUCUGAUGAACGAUUUGGCUCUGAAAGGUUCAGAGAUCAACACCAAAAGAUCCACCCUUGCAGGAAAGGGGACAUUGUUGCCUUCCAAGCUGGUGUAGCUCAUUGGGUCCAUAACGACGGUAACGAAGAACUUGAACUCAUGGUAGUCCACGAUACCAGCAAUGCUGACAACCAGCUCGAUCAAAAUCUCAGAAGAUUCUUCCUUGCCGGUAGCCCACAAGAGUCUGAGAAGCAACAGACGAAAUAUGGGGGACAACAAGAGGAAAUCUUUUCAGGCAACCUUUUUCAGGGAUUUGAGACUGAGGUCUUGGCGGAAUCCUUCAAAGUUGAUUUGGAGACAGCGGCAAGACUACAGGGACAAGAUGAUAACAGAGGAUUCAUCGUCAGAGUAGGGAAGGAAUUCGAAAUGCAAAGACCAUCAAAGUACGAAGACGAAAGAAGAGAGUGGAGCCAAAGAAACAACGGUUUUGAGGAAACUGUUUGCACAAUGAGGAUCAGAGAAAAUCUCGAUGAUCCAGAGAGGGCAGAUGUGUACACCGCUCAGGGUGGUCGCAUCAGCACCGUCAACAGUCAUAAUCUCCCAAUUUUGAAGCAAAUCCAAUUGAGCGCCGAGAGAGGAGUCCUUUACGAGAACGCAAUGGCUGCGCCACACUGGACCCUUAACGCCCACAACAUAAUCUACAUAUUGCGUGGGUCGGGCCGAAUUCAAGUGGUGGGUCACUCCAACCGGGCCGUCUUCAAUGGCGAAGUCCGCCAAGGGCAGCUAUUGGUUGUCCCUCAGAAUUACGCUGAAGUCAAGCAGGCGGGAAGCGAAGGAUUAGAGUGGGUGUCGUUCAAGACAAAUGACAGGGCGGUGUCAAGCCCGCUUGCUGGGAAGACUUCGGUGAUCCGGGCAAUGCCAGAGGAAGUGGUGAUGAGUGUUUUCCGCGUGUCAAGAGCCGAGGCACAUAAGCUAAAGUACAACAGGCAGGAAGUGAGGAUUUUCCCUCAGUCAAAGAGGCAAUUCGAGAGGGCUUGAAAUUGGAGUAAGAAUAGAAGGAAGGAUGAGAUGUAAGUAUAUAUGUAUAAAUAAGAGAACUUGGAAAAAGAAAAUGAACACAAAUCAGUCUAGUUCUCUAAAUGAAUAAGGGUUUUGGAAUAUGAGAAAAUAGGUGAAUAAAUAAUAAUAUCCUGUUUUGUUUUGUUUUGUUUUGCUAUCAUCUAUCAUUUUUGCAUCUCAAAUCAGCUUCAUCUUCUUCUUCAGAAGAGAUAAGUCUCAUGUUUGCUUACUGAACUAUGGAUAUUAUGAAAUC